UUCCUUCCCCCUGACGUAACUCAAAGGGGCAGUUAUGCUGUUGUUAAACCCGAGCAGCUACAACCUGUUUAGCUUGGAGCUGCGUCUCGUCUUAGCGUGCUUUUUUAAAAUAGAGUCAGUAUUAAACGGCACUGCUCUCAUUGGAGGCGUAGCGGAUUUAUUAAUAUUGUGCUGCUACCGAGAGUGCAUUAAACUGAGUCCAUAACGCGCCCAACUUUUCCUCUCCGACUCGACACCACAUUUUCGCUAAACGACCGAGCAGGAAUGGCUGAGCGCGGCGCCAUUCACAUUCCGUCUCACAAAUCACUAACAUGCUGCCACUCUUUUUCGUGCCAAAGUGCUAUUUUUUUCGUGGAAGAAGUAAAGUGUCAUGCGGGAGUGCGCCACGUCUCACGGGUGAUCUAAUACCAUCAGCGGGACUGGACUUCCUCGUCGAAAAAGGGGGGAAAAAACCCGACACGAGUGAUUCGUUAUUUGGGCAAUGGAGAGCCUAGUGCACUACAGUUAUCCUGCCCAUGCCCUCUCGGUGCUGGGGCUCCUCAAUGAUCAGCGGCUCCAAGGCCACAUGUGUGAUGUGGUGCUAGUUGUGGCGGAUCAACGAUACCAAGCCCAUAAAAGUGUUUUGGCUGCCAGUAGUGAAUAUUUCCAGUCCCUCUUUACCAGGAUCGACACGUCAUCGAAGGUUGUAAACCUGGACUUCUGUGAGCCUGAUGCUUUUGAAAUUGUGCUGAAUUACAUUUACUCCUCUUCACUCUUUGUGGACAAAGACAGUCUUUCAGCCAUCCAAGAGCUGGGCUACACCUUGGGAAUCCCUUUUCUCACCAAUAUAGUUUCCACAAGGCCACAUGCUUCAUAUUGUGUGUCUAGAAAAAGACUGUCCUAUACAGAAGGGGACGACAAAGAUGCCCAAACAAGGAGCGUCAUUGUGUGCCGUGUCCGGAAUGACAGAUCCGAACCCUCUUCUCCAAACUGUCCAACAAAACCAGCAGAAAGACCGUCAUCUCUUGUCACAACUGAAUUGGCUCGACCUCCAUCAGAACUUAACUCCUGUGGCUCAGUCAGAAACUCUGAAGCAGACACGAGUAAAUUACCUGAACAGACUGAAUCUUCUGGAAGGAGGUCCAGCCAUCAUCCGUAUGCAUCCAUUUUAAAAGGGAAUCCACCAUACAGUUCUUCUAUUAGGCCCCAGCUGAAAACAUCUGCAUCAUUCAACGAUGCAGAAGUACACCAUAGCAGGAUGCCAUCUUGCUCAGACCAAGACAUGAAGCAGAAUUCAGGGGAGCAGGAGCCUCGCUACAGCACCAAAGUGUCCUUUCAGGGUCAGGCCUCCGAGCUGAGCCAGACUAUUGACCGGAGUGGGCCGCUCAUAAAAAGCUUACUUCGAAGAUCGUUAUCCAUGGACAGCCCUAUUCCGGUCUUCUCGCCCACGCUGGAGCUUAAGGAGCUGCAAAAUCACGAACAGUCUGUCGUGAAAUUGGCAUCAAAGGCAUCAGAUCCCGAAAUAUCAACUCACAAUGGUAAUUUAAGAGCCUCCCCCAUUAUUCUCAAGUCAAAACACCACACCAGACGUGAUGAACAAACUCAGGUAGAAAGAGAGCACAGUGUGAAAGUGGAGCCCAGCAGUCCACUCGCAGACCCUUUGGACAUUAUUCGAAUCACAGUUGGGGAAGCUUUGCCAGUCAAUCUUAAAGAUUUGCAAACAAAUUAUGAACAGUGUUCCAAGGCUAGCUUAAUUCCUUUCGGGAAACGGAGGGAAAGGCCAGACAACAGACGGUACCCUUUCAAGAAGAACAAAAUAUUGAAGGAACACAGCGUCUCCUCAGAAGAGAACAGGUCAGAAAUGGUGUCUCGCAGCACCAGCGACGAUAAUGAGAACAAUGACGAGUUGCCUCCGAACAAGAUUUUUACAUGCUGGAACUGCUUCAAGGUUUUCAGGUCCAGCGCCGGACUACACCGACACAUAAAUAUGUACCAUAACCCGGAAAAGCCGUACGCCUGUGACAUCUGCCACAAGCGUUUUCACACUAACUUCAAAGUGUGGACACACUGUCAAACUCAGCACGGUGUCCUGCAGAACCCAGCCUCAUCUUCCAGCUCGCCGGUGAUGGACGAUAGGUUCCAAAAGAAGCUGAUCGACAUGGUGCGAGAGCGAGAAAUCAAGAAAGCUUUGCUCUGGAAGCUGAAGAGGAAUAAACAAACUUUGCAGUCCUCCACCCUCUGCAAAAAGCGAGCAAGGUCCAACUUUGUGUGUCCCUAUUGCGGGAAAGUGUUUGUGUUUCAGUCUCAGUACAGGCAGCAUUUAAGGACACAUCCUGCAGAAAAAGCUAACAAGGACGAUGCAGGGGAGAACACCCUCUUCCAGGAACAGGAUGCGGUGAUUCACCAGAAGGAUUCUGAUGCUGGUGUUUACGCCUGUAGACUCUGCAAUAUGAAGUUGCCUUCACUCAUCGAGCAAGGUGAUCACGAGAGGGGCUGUCGGCAUUCCACUGUUUGCCCGUACUGCGGCCUCCGAUUCUCCAGUCCAACAGUCAAGAAAGACCACGAGGUGCACUGCAAGUACAAGAAACUGACGUGCCUGGAAUGCAUGCGAACCUUCAAGUCCUCCUUCAGCAUCUGGCGCCACCAGGUGGAGGUGCACAACAACAACGUGAUUAAUAUUAAGGAACAGAUGAAUUUGAGGCUGGAAGAGCACAAUGAAGGAAUGUCUGAAAUGUUCAUAGAGGAGCGGUACACCGGUGAAUCUCUUGCACGGGAGAGAAAUAUUUACAAUGACUCCUCGGGCACGCCUAUGUAUGAUUCCGAAGACUCUUCAUCCUUUGUGCCCGAGGAUCUAAGCAUGGGCCAUCAUGGGAGACUCGUGGUCAAAGAAGAGCCACUGGAAGAGUCCGUGAGCGAGCGGGAGGAAACGGAGAGCAGCCAAACCGGACUGGAAGAACCCGGCGUGUGGCCUUGUGAGAAAUGUGGAAGUCUUUUCUACUCUCGCAAAGACCUGGAGCGUCACCAGGAGCUCCUGUGCCACAUCAAGCCCUUCAUCUGUCACAUCUGCAACAAAGCCUUCAGGACCAACUUCCGCCUUUGGAGCCACUUUCAGUCACACAUGUCGAGCACAAGUGAACACGGAGCCAAAGAGACAGACGGGCACCCCCCGCCCCUUUCCCCCUCCCCACCCAUGACCUCUCAAAACUCUGAACGGCCCUCUCCGCAGGCCUCCUCGCUCAACCAAGCAACGCUAGUGGAGACUGCCGCGGCCGACGAGUCCAGCAGCCCCGAGGCUUCCGUGUCAUCGGUAAACAACACCAAAAUCCAAGCCCAGCCUGAUCAACAGCCGAGCACCCACAGUCCCAUGUCGAGGUCCAACAGCGUGGAGAAUUCAGGAGGGGCUCAGGAUGCAGAAACCCUCUUCUACCACGCACCAUCUCUCUCUGCCCUGACCUUCAAGAGGCAGUACAUGUGCAAACUCUGUCAUAGGACCUUCAAGACGGCUUUCAGUCUAUGGAGCCAUGAGCAAAGUCAUGGCCACGUGUAAGCAUCCGGCAGGUUCUCGCAGCGCAUUUCAUACUUAAUAAUCAAAACCGCAACCAAGGCCGCAAAAGGCUGACUUUGAAUGUUACAGCUUACCCCGCUUGCCUCCAGUGUACAAUUUUAAGGACACCACGUUGAAUCGGGUGUAAACAGACAAGAGUACUCGGGCCACACUAAAAAGCCAAACAAAAAUACUCCAAUAAAUAUUUUUUUUUCUUUUGUAAAUAAAUGAAGUGAAUUUCAAAAUUCACAAACACGCAAAAGUCUGAGAGAAGCAAUUGCUGUGCCUUUCUCUCGAAGGACCUUCAAUAUACUCCUCUCGUUAUAUGCUGAAAACAUUCCUUGUAAGAUGAUCAAACAAAAUAGCCGAUUUCAGGCUAGUUUUUUUCCCCCCUUCGGAAAGGGGAUAAAUGAUUAAACUGCUCAGACUGCUGAGGUGUUGACACGCUCAAACAUUGACUAUUUAACCCUUUCAUGCACCAAUAAUGAUAACUUGUAACCUGAUAACAUGAUAACAUGAUAAGCUGUCCAUGUCAUAACCGCGUCCCUGAAAGGAGAGUUCAUCUUCCCAAGAUCCUCAUUAGUUCUCAUUCUGUGUGCAAUUCUUGUAUUAUGAUCUCAUUCUCAUACAAUUCUGAUUUUGUUUCUUUUACCAUCACAUUCAUUUUAAAUUCUUACUUUUUUUGUUCAUAUUUUUUUCUUUUCAGUGUGACCCUAAUACUCUGUACAAACAUGAAUGUGAAAACAAGUGCUUAGAUAUCUUUUGGUUUCAGAAAUGAGUUAUUUUAAUUCCAAAGUGAUCUGCUUCAAUUUAUCGUAGUUGCCUAAUUAUAUUUACAUGUACGUGUGGGUGUUUUAAGAGAGGAAGAAAUCGAGGUGUGACUUGAGCUGUACCACACGUGACUUCAACGAACAAGGAGAAGGGUAUGAUUACAUGCGCUGUUUUCCGAGUAAAUGCUUUUGUUUAUCUGCUGCAGUUGGAUUAUGAAUUAGUGCUUUUGCUGUUGCAUCGGAAUUGUUUCUUGGUGUGAUGAACCUUAAAUAUUUUUCAAGUCUCAUGCACUUUUUUUAUUUUUUAUUUUGCCUUAUCAUAGUGACCAUUGUACAGUUGUCUUUAGGACUGAUGCAUGCGCAUAAUUGCGAUUCACUUUCUUCACACACGAAUUGGUUGCGUUAAUUUUCUCACGUUUAAACCGCAGUACUUUGACGUAAAAGCAUAUAUCACAACAUAGUACAGUAUACUGUACAUACGAUCAAAACAUCUCAGGUUGUUCAGACAUUUCAGAACACUGAUAAAGGAUGAAGCCAGGUUACAGUCACUGCUAAUUUAUCUUCUGAAGUAUUAAUGGGGUGAUUAAGAUACAUUUUGUACCUUUACAGUGGGUGUGAUUUUGUAUGUUGUACAAAUAAGGUUUCAUUUUCCUCAUGGCGAGUGGCAUAGACUGAAAGAAAAAGUGAAGUGAUGUGUUUGUGUUCCUGUACUUUGCAGAGUAUUUGAAUCGGAAGCUAUUGCAUUUGUACAUUGCAAUUAAACGUUUUAGUUUUUUUUGCCGCUGAACGGGUCAUCAUGGUCAGUAAUUCACAAGGCCCUAGAGUUAUAGGUUCACUCGGUCCAAGUAGCCUUGACGAAUGUAGUGAACAUCCCUUUCACUGUGUCAUCAGUGGUGAAUAAGCGUUGUUUUUCGUCAUCAUUGGAUAAAUGAGGCAAAACUAACUUUAAAGUGCUAUAAGAACAACACUUGAUAAACUCAACCCAUAAACUGUUUCAAAUAAUUCCCUACUUAAUACGAUCCUAAAAAUGAGUACUGAAUGAAUCAACUUCAAACGCGCAGGCUCCUUUUCUUUAUACAAUCGAAAUGACUGAAGUUCAUUUUUCAGCAAAGUGUCAUAUCUCAUCAGUGGAUGUGAACUAAAGUUGCAUACCUUAGCGAUAUUAGAGCAUCUCACACUGUUCUGGACCUUGGCUUUGCUCAUCAUCUACUACACUUGAAUUAAUAGCAAGAAAUAUCCAUCCGUUUUCAACACUGCUUAUCCUCAACAGGGUCGUUGCUGGAGCCUUACCCCAGCUGACUUCGCGCAGAAGGUAGUCUACCCCCUUGAACUGGUCACCAGUCAGUCGUGGGGCACAUAUAGAGACAGACAACCAUCCACACACGCAAUCACAACGUCACUGAGUGGAAACAGAUACCACGCUGCCUGCACACAAGUCAAGUGAGUGUACCGCUACACUAUCAGCUACUAGCAAGAAAUGCUAUUUGAAACGAAGUGAACAUUCCCGUUUGACACCAGUAUUAGAGAAUUGUACAAUCCAACAUGUAGACAGUGGCCUUUAUAUUCGAAUAUGAUUGGUUAUGCAACCAACAACAUAUUCAAUAACAUUUGGUGGCGUGAUGACUUCACUCAGGUGGUUAAGUUGCGGUACGUGGAGGCCGAAUUGUUUAUUCUCAUGGGGUAUGUGUUCCUGCUUCGUGAAGAGUCAACGUUUGAGUGUGGCCUAGGUGUUUCAGUGUGUAUUCUUGUACCCGUACAUACUUGUUUGUACCUUUGCUUUGGCUUUCUCGUAAAAAUUGAGAAAUAUGUAGAAAUUAGUCGUGAUACAUUUGGGGAGCUGCUGAAUCCAAAAAGCGUCUCCGUGGCAACACAGGCUUUGUUGUGGUAGAUUCUUUUGACAUUGCAUUGAUAAUAGGUCAAUAUCACUAUUGAGUGCUUUUGGUGUCCUCAUCAGAAUGACUAUCAUGAUGAAGCAGUAGCAGAAUAAAUGAAACUGUGAGGUCUUAGUAUAAGUGGUCAAACUUUUGCUCACGUACCAAUACAAGGAUGCCACUUAAAAUACAUUUUGUUCAUUUUAUUGGAUUUUUUUUUCCCAUGGAAUAUACAGUACAUUUUUUGGCAUGUCCCAAAUACUGCUCUGCUGACUACAAUGUGUGUGAUAAGUGGUUCAAUGAUUCCAAAAUGUUUUACAUGGUUUUAUUGUUGUCGAGUUACUUUAUGAAAAGACAUGCAACUAUCCUAUUUUCAUGAUCAUAUUGAAUAUGAAAUUGUGAUUAAUGUGGGGUAACUGCCCCUUUAAAAGGCUUUACAGCAAUUACUACCUGUAUUUUUUUAUUAUUAUCAUUGAAGGCUGAAACUGUAUGUAUGACGCCUAAUUUAUGUCAUAUGUGUAGUUGGAUCUCAAUCCGCUGUGUCAGUGAAAUCUCAACUUCCUUCAGAAAUUCGAACCACAUUUGUGAAACAGUCCAGUCAGCUUGUUAACUAAAUGAUGUUGCUGAGUGUGAAGGUUCACCACGUGCUCAUAAAAUACCAACAUUAGCCAAAAAUGAAAUAUCCACCCUGUCAGCAAGUUCAUGUCUUGCUGUUUGCCAUCACGUUGUCUGCUUGCAGUUAAUUAAAAAAACAAAACAAAAUGUGAUAGUUUGACAAGUAUUCAUUUCUAACAGUGUAACAUUUUCAUGUAGCGAAUGUGAAGUUCAAUGGAAAAUCUCACAUUUUGGAGGGUGAAAUGUGAAGUCUCAAAAGCACCGUAUGGUGAUAUUGACACAAUAGUGCUCUUAAAUUCUUUGUGAGAAACACUUUCUGUACUGUUCUCCAGGAAUUAGGAUUGUAUACAUGGAUGUGUUUCUGAAGUUUUGUACCAGUUUUGUCAGUUAAACUUUUUAGUACACCUGUGCUCUACUUGCAAUAAUAUUUGUAUCAGCAUUGGUUGUUGUUGUUGCUUUUUAUGCAGCUGUUUGUGUUGUUGUUUUUUCUACAGUGCGCUUUAUCUCUGUAAUAAAGAGUUACAUUAUA